UCCCUGGAGGGCUGACGCAGGAGGAAGGAGACGCCAUUAGACAAGAGGGCAGCAGCUUGUUUACUGUCGCUGGCCUGACUUACUUCCCACUUCAGCAGCUCUCUGCCGUCGGGGUCUCAUGCGAUUGUGUCUGAGCUUUGCUAAGCUGCAUUUCUCUGCUGAUAAUGGCGGGUGCCGGCGCCGGAGGCGGUAAAACCUAUUCGUUUAAAGUUGUCCUGCUGGGGGAAGGCUGUGUGGGAAAGACAUCUCUGGUGCUGAGAUACUGUGAGAACAAAUUCAACGAUAAACACAUCACCACGCUCCAGGCAUCAUUCUUGACCAAAAAACUGAAUAUUGGAGGCAAAAGAGUAAAUAUUGCAAUUUGGGAUACAGCAGGUCAGGAGAGGUUCCAUGCUUUGGGUCCAAUUUAUUACAGAGAUUCCAAUGGAGCUAUUUUAGUGUACGAUAUCACAGACGAAGACUCAUUUCAGAAGGUGAAAAAUUGGGUGAAAGAAUUGCGGAAAAUGUUGGGAAAUGAUAUUUCUUUAUGUAUAGUGGGUAAUAAAUUAGACCUUGAAAAGGAUCGUCACGUAUCAGUGGAAGAAGCAGAGGUGUAUGCGGAAUCAGUUGGAGCAAAACACUUUCACACAUCAGCCAAGCUGAACAAGGGAAUUGAAGAACUAUUUCUUGAUCUUUGUAAAAGAAUGAUAGAAACAGCUCAAGCAGAAGAAAGGGCAAAAGGCAAUGGCAAUGGCCAAUCUGCAAACACAAGACGAGGUGUACAGAUAGUUGACGAUGAACCCCAACAACAGAGUAGUAGAGGAUGUUGUUCUUAAUUGACCAAAACUGUUGAGCUUUGUUUUUGAAAUGAAGACUGCCAUUUGCCACAUCACAUUUCUUAUCAGCAGAAUGUUAAGUGUUUUAAGAUAAAACUCACCUUUAUAGGACUAAAAGUGCUAAACAAAGUGGAAUGUGUGACCAGAAGGUUUUUUCCUCUUUUUUACACUUGUCUGAACAGAAAUGAUCAAUGGCCUUUGUCAUGAACCUUAUUUAGAAUUGUCUUUUUUAAUUGAGAAGCUGUAUAAUUUGCAUGAAGCAUCUUAGUAUGUAGAAUCUCUAAUUGUAUUGUCCUUUUAAAAUCAGAUCUCUAUUAUUUAAUAACUUAUGUAAAUGUGUUGAAUAGUAUGCAUUUGACUGGUUUUGAACAAUUACUAAAUGUGCAAAUUCAGUCAGAUUUUAUAGUUUGAGCAGGAAUUUGCACAAGGCUCUCCCUAUUAUGAGUUUAUUCCAAUCUGUCCCUUUAAUAUGGUGAAAAUAUGCAUAGAAAUUUCAUAUUAAAUAUUUUGCCCAUUUUACAAUCCUUCUACAUGUUAUAAACUUACAGUUUUUCCAGGAGCCUUUGUGAAUAGGGAUUGAAAACAUUUAAAUAAUGGCCCAGCUUUUGCUGUAACAAAGGAUCUAAUUGCAUCUGCUGUUAGAUUUGUCCUUGCAUGGCAAAUUGCUGAAAGUGUGAAUUGAUAAUGCUGCUAUGAAGAAAACAUGGCGUCUGGGGCCUGAGUGAAUAGAGCAAGCAAGUAAAUCUCCUUAACCCAUCAGGUUGAAGGAUUAAGGCAGGGUUGUGGGUGGAUAAAGGAACAAUGAAGAAGGAAGUGUAAAUUACUGAUGAAUUCUAUUUCAAAUUAGAUGGAGAAAGAAAGAUUGAGAGGGGAAAGAAAAGAGACCAAGGAAAAGUAUACUUAAAACAAAAUUAAACUUUAUAUUUUUAAAAUCGUCAACAAUUAAUACCUGAAGUAAUGCAAUUCCACACUUUUAAUAGUUAAUUUUCAAUGCCAGAGGUCAUGGAUGGCAAUAAUUGACAGAUAUUACAUCUUUUAAAAGAUAUUUGCAUUUGUAGUGACAAAAAUUAACUUUAUGACAAUUUUAGCUUGUGUCCAAUGUACAAAUACAGCAACUUCACACCAUUCAUUGCACAUCAGUGAUGAGGCAAACUGUGAAAUGCCAUUUUCAUGAAGUUAACUCAAACAGCAAUUUUAAGAAACGAAAACAAAAUGCUGGAAAAACUCAGCAGGCCUAACAGCAUUUGUGGAGAGAAAAACAGAGUUAACAUUUCUAAUCUGUAUCACUUUUCUUCA